AUGGGUAAGGCCAUGGGCGCCAUCUGCUGCGAGAUGAAGGAGCGUCACUCUCCGUUCCACGUCGGCGACGUCAAGUACCAUCUCGGCUUGCUGCGAUCCGUGCAGCGCUCCAACAAGCAAAAACUUCUGGCCCAAGCAGAUGCUGAGCGUUUCCGAGGCCUGCGCACGACCGUGUUGGCGGACGCGCGCGCAGAACACGUCUUCAUUCAGGCACAGGCACCCCUGGCCUCCCUGACGGUGAGCAAUGCAGACAACGUUCACAUCAACGCGUGCUCGGCGGUGAUCGACAACUUGGUGAUCCGCGACGUGACACGCGUCGUCUGGCUGCCAGCAACAACACAACGCAGCACCGCAUGCCACCUCAGCAACGUCCAGCAUAUUGACCUGCGCACCAAGAGCACGCUCACAGAAGAUCUGGGCGCAUUUGCCGGAAUCCCGAGCGUUGGCCUUUGCAACUGCCAGCGAUGA